AUGGCUGAGAAUCAAAAGAUUACAUUACCCGCAAGCCAAGGAAAGGUUAGCGAAGAAGAUGAAAAGAAGUAUGGUCAUAUUGAUAUUAAAAGCAUUCAAUUUAAGGAUACAUGGGUUAUUUGGGAGUCUCUCAAGCAAGAAAAGGUUGAUAAGAAUGCUUAAUCUAAUAAUUUCCUUGAUAACAACUUCGCUAUUUUCGAUUUCAAUGAUAUGGAGUCUCUCGCUAAAAUCUGGCGUACCAGAAUUAGAACUGUCUCUUAGAUCUUUACUUUUGAUGGAAGCAGCUGGAGAUUCUUGCAUGAAAAGAAAAUGCGCUCCACAGAAGCUAUUUGUAUAUUCAAGAAGGGAAUUGUUCCUGCUUGGGAAGAUCCCAAGAACUCUAGAGGUGGUGAAUUUUAAGCUAUGUUCGAAAGUGUUGAUUAAAAUCCUGAAGUUAUUGAUAAUAUUUUCAAAGAUGUCCUUUCAAUCAUCUUAUGCGAAAAUUAUGCCUUCUAUAAUGAGACUAACGGAUUUAGAAUGGUCGAUAAGGCAAGAGAUAGUAAAGCUAAAAUUAGAUUAGAAAUAUGGUUCGAUUUUUGCGAUGAUAAAUCAGAAUCCACCACAAAGAAAAUAGCUGAAUUAAAUAAAAUUUUCACAGAAAUUAUUAAGAAACACCAAUAAAAUGUCGAUUUAUCCUACAAGAACCACAGCCAUUGA